AUGUUUCUGCUACUCGUGCUUCCCGCACUUGUCCUCUGGUGUACGGUCGGCGCACCGAUAACAAGCUACCUCGCCGACCGGAAGGGUCUCAGAAAGUUCCCUAGCCCAGGAUUUGCCGGCAUCUCAUGCUUGUGGCGUAUCUUCUACUGCUUCAAAUACCAGCACUUCGCGGCGGGGCACCAAGCACACAAGACGCUGGGCACGCAUGUCCGCAUUGCUCCCAACUACGUCUCCAUCUCAGACCCUCGCGCUGUCUAUGACAUUUACGGCCACGGGGCCAACUUUCUCAAAGACGCUUGGUACGAUGGAGGGGCCGGAGCGUUCCCCCAUAUGGCCGACGAGAGAAUCAAGACUGAGCAUCAGAGAAAGCGGAAGUUACUUGCCCACGUCUUCGCCCAAAAGUCCUUGUCGGAACAAGAGCCCGUCAUUGCUGAGACGAUCCGCAUAUUAAUGACACAACUCAUCAUCUUUGCAUACGGUGAGAGACCAGUCAACAUGCGCCGAUAUUUCAACUACUUCACUAUUGAUGCUUUUUCAACGAUGCUCUAUGGCGAAUCAUUAAAUUGCUUGAAGCGCGGUAGCGACCUGGUCAACGCCGAAACAUCCGAGGGGGAGGUCUACCAAGCCCCUUUUAUUCAGUCUUUGCUAGACGCCACUCACAUCAACACAGUCCUUGGGAUGGAAGCUGGUCUACUGUCCUUGACCAAGAAGUUUUUUUCCUGGCAUCCGUACAAGAAGGCUGGCGCGGACUUCGAUAAUAUCAUCCGGCACUGCACCAAGGCGCGGUUCACAUCCAAAGAGACGAAAGGGGAUAUCUUCCAAAAGCUGAUAGUGAAAAACAACGGCGAACCGGUCAACCUUCCCUUUGGCGAGCUUUUUGCCGAAUGCUCUGUCAUGAUGAACGCUGUUACGGAGACAACCACUGCUUCUCUCACAAACUCCUUGUACCUCAUCUACACCCAUCCAGAUGUGGUCCAACAGCUCCGGAAAGAACUAGAUCCUGUCAUUCCGAGGAAUACCGUACCAGCAUACGACUCCGUCGGCCAGCUGCCGUUUCUGAGAGCCUGUGUUGAGGAAUCUCUUCGCGUUCGACCUGCGACUUCUAUGGGGUUGCCCAGGGUUGUCCCGGAAGGUGGUCGGAUGAUCGCAGUGCGGUUUGUGACCGAGGGCGUCACUGUGUCAGUUCCGACCUACACCCUGUUGCGCAAUGUUGAGACUUUCGAGGACGCCGAGACGUACCGACCUCAGCGCUGGAUUGACGGCGACAAGAACAAAAUGCUCAAGGUCCACUUACCAUUCAGCACAGGACCUCGGGCAUGUAUUGGCAGAAACAUUGCCUACUUUGAGCAGCUAAUGCUCAUCUCAACCUUGGUACGAAACUUUGAUUUUGAGUUGGCUUCGCCGGGCCAAGAGUUCAGGACUCUGGAGCGGUUCAACUCCAACCCAGAUGAACUCUUCUUUCGAUGUAGACUUCGCGAUCUCUAG